CUGGCCAGCUCCAGGCCGCUCCUGGGGCCAGCCCAACAGCGUCCGCCCCGUCCGAGCGCCCACCACCCGCUCAGCCCUUGACGCAACCCCGUGGCGGGGGCGGAGAGAAGCUUUGGCGCAGGCGUUCUGUGCGCCUCUAUUGUCUUUCCUCCGGCAGCCGUCAGGGAGGGCGGGCUGGCUGGACGGAAGGAGGGAGAGGCGGGAGCCCGCGAGCAAGUAACCCGUGCAGAAGCAGCGCCUGUCCGGGUGACGCUGACAGACAAAGGCAGCUCGCGGGCAGGACGUCUGGUUGAGGAAAGGGAGGGCCUGCGCUUGCUCCAUGGCCGGUUGGGGCGCGCCUUGACGGAGCGAGCAGCAGCUGGUGGUGGUGGUGCCGCUGCUGUUAUUGCAAGGGGCCGGUCUCCUUGCUUCGCCUUCUCCCUCCACCUGAAUGCGGAGCAGUGCUAGUAGAGCUGUGGAAAGAAGCCGGGCCAGCGGCGGCCGCUUUCUUCCGUAGGGCGGGCCCCGAAGGCGGGGCGGCGUUGGCCCUGCUGCUUUGUCGCCUUGGAUGAGCCCGGGAGGAGCAGCGGGCCGCCCGUUGGGGCGCGGCGACAGCAGCGGCUGGGGGCGAAGGAGGAGGCGGCGGCGGGAGCAGCAGCAGCAGCGACGGCCGGGAGAGGAUGCCCGGUUCCGGGGGCCGCUUUAGCUCCUAGUCUUGCGCGCAGCUCCUCCUGCUCGUCCUCCACGGCGCCGCCGACAUGGGCGGCAAACAGAGCACGGCGGGCGCGACGGCGACGGCGCGCUCGCGGGGCGGCCCCUUGGCCGGGGUGUCGAGUGACGACAGCGCGGUGCCGCCGCCCGGGGGAGCCCCCCACUUCGGGCACUACAGGGGCGCGGGCGGCGGCGUUGGAGGGGCCACCAUGGGCUUGCGCAGCCGCUCCGUUAGCUCCGUGGCCGGCGUGGGUGUAGGGCUAGGCAUGGAGCCCGCGGCGGCCGGCAGCGUUCCCUUUGGCCUGUACACGGCGGCGGCAGCAGCGGCGGCGGCAUCGACGGGAGACUCGGAGCGGGGUCCCGGCGGCGGCGGCGGGUCGGGCGCGGACUCCACCCCUUACGCACAUGGCAACGGUUACCAGGAGACGGGAGGCGGUCACCACAGAGACGGGAUGCUCUACCUGGGAUCCAGGGCCUCGCUGGCCGAUGCGUUGCCUCUGCACAUCGGACCCCGGUGGUUCAGCUCGCACAGCGGUUUCAAGUGCCCCAUUUGUUCCAAAUCCGUGGCUUCCGAUGAAAUGGAAAUGCACUUUAUCAUGUGUCUGAGCAAGCCCCGCCUCUCGUACAACGAUGAUGUCCUAACAAAGGAUGCAGGCGAAUGUGUCAUCUGCCUGGAGGAACUCCUGCAGGGGGACACGAUAGCCCGGCUUCCCUGCCUGUGCAUUUACCACAAGAGCUGUAUAGAUUCCUGGUUUGAAGUGAACAGAUCCUGCCCAGAACACCCUUCAGAUUGACCCUGGCAAUGCUUUGCAAGGUCAUCUCACCACUCAUCUUUCCCACCCCCAACCUCCUCCAAGCAAGCUCUGGAACCCACUGGGAUGACACUGGGGGUGAGGGGCUUGUAUUAACUUCUCGACUUAAAAGGGCAGACAAGACCCCCAAGAGAAGCUGCUGUCGUUGCAGGGCUAUACCUCGGCAACCACUGACCCAGGGACAAGAGGGGUGCCCGGUGCCAGAGUUGGCAGCCAUCGCCCAAUGGCGCCAUGAUGUUUGGGCCAGACCUGGCCACUAGCCAAACGGAGCAUGAGAGAGUCACCGCCAUUCAACAAGGACUCGACCCUCCUGCCAUAUGUGGGUCACACUUUUGCACUGACAAGAUGAUUUCCCACCCCACCCAUUCUCCUUUUUUCCCCUUGGAACAGGAAGAGGAAACGCCUCUUCUCCCCACGCCUGCCCCACCCACAUCCUGCGGAGGAAAGGGCAUUUUCUGUCCCAUUUUUGAAGGCGUUGUAGGUUUGUCUUUCAAGUGUUUACAAAACAGCCAUUUCGUGUCAACUGAUGUGUGUUCCUGGUGAUGUUUACAAGACUGCAUCUUCUUGGGCUCCCAGCUAGAGCCGCUCUGGCAGUUGAGGAGCCAGAUUUCCCAAGACACCUUUCUCUUCUCCCCCCACCCCUGCCUGCCUUGCCUAGGGACACCCCACUUCAUUGCCAAAAGUCCCCUGGUUGUUCCUGCCUUCCUUCCUGCCUUCCUCUAAGCAAGUCUUGGUUUGAACUCCUGACUCUGGGGCAGCUUCAGGGGCAUUCUGAAGGGCUGUCGCCAUUCACAAGUGUCCUGCUAAGAUGCCUGAACCUUUCUCAGCCCUGUGUGGAAAAUAAACAGCGUCUUUUCUUAAAACACACGCACGCACGCACACACAACACACUCCUCUCCCGCUCCCAGUCCACAUUUGAGCACGAAGCGGAAACCGCCUCAGCCAUAAGAGAAGCCCCUGCCCCGGUGACCUCCAUCCAGCAGGAAAGGUAUCUGUAUUUAUAUAGUAAAAAUAUAAAAAUUACAAAUUACAAAAAAAAAUAUUCAAAGCUUGGGAAGGGAAGCUUCCCCUAUUAGUCAAGGUGUUUUGAUAUGGUAUUAAAUAAUGUUCAAUAAAAUAGUCACUGUUAUUUUA